AAAGUCGUAGACAGCGCGACUGAGACAAAGAAUAUUUUGUAGUCAAACCAUCACAGUAAAGACAGCCGCUGUGUCCCUACACUUUCCCAAACCCCUCGCCUUCUUACCAUGAUGAACAACUCUACCUUCCUUCCGCUGGCGUUCCUAGUCAACCCAUUUGCCAGCUUCACCUCAGCCUUUGGUCCUAAUGGCAUCUCCAAUCCUGUUAGCAGCCCAUCCUCGGGGGGUGGCUCGACCUGUAUUUCUGGGGAUGUCACGUUAUCUAUCAAUACAACUGGGACUAAUCUUCUUUAUGAGGCAUCCCAAGAUCAGACGGCCGUAACAGAGUCAUUUGUCGAAUUGUUCCAGGUAGGCUCAACCUUCGCCGCCGACGUCACCGCUAAAGAGCCCAGUGCCAUUUCGGGUGACUACGGCAUCUUCGUCAAGCUCUGCCUACCUAGUGACCCUGAGGUCUUGGCCAAGGUCAAGACGGUGCAGCUGUUGACACAUGGAGCCACUCUCGACCACACCUACUGGGAUAUUGCCCCAGGCUACAGCUACGUCGACGUAGCCUCGGCAGCAGGCUAUGCGACGCUCUCCUACGACCAGCUGGGGGUAGGCAAGUCGGACCACCCAGAUCCCAUCCAGACCGUGCAGGCCACCGCCCAGGUCGCCGUCACACAUGCGCUAGCCGGAUUACUCCGGAACUCCGAGCUGGGCGGGUAUCGCUUCGAGAAAGUCGUGGGUGUCGGGCACAGCGCGGGAAGUACGCUGACCCAGGGCAUUACCACGCAGUACCCGCAGGACUUCGACGCCGUGAUCUUGUCCGGCACCAGCGCUAGCGCGGACUCAGUCGCACUGACUAUGGCAGCCUUCAACCUCAUCAAUGCAAACACAGACCCUGCACCCCAGUUCCAACAUCUACCAGCCGGCUACCUAACGCAGCAGUCGGCCGUUGGUAUCCAGUUCGCCUUCUACCGGCACCCCAACUUCGACGAGGAUGCAUUCCACCAGCAGGUUGCCCACAAGCAGACAAACACACUGGGCGUCCUACUCACGCUGGGCGGCAUCGUAGCGCCAUCGACAGAAUUCACUGGGCCGGUAGACAUCGUGAACGGCGAGAAUGAUCUCGUCUUCUGCGGCGGCAACUGUCUCCACCCGACAGAUCAGAGCAGCACAGCCUUAUCGAUAUUCUACCCGGCAGCGUCGAAGGGGAGUCAGACGUAUAUUGCGGCGGGGGCUGGUCAUUCUAUUGCAGCCCAUAAGAGUGGACCGGAUAGCUUCAAGCACAUGAUCCAGUUUUUACAGGACAACAGCCUGUAAUUAGGUACUGACUCCAGAGAGAAGUGGACGCGCAGUGAUGGUUAAGGGGGGUUAUAAGUUGUAUUCACGUGCGGUUUAAAAGAGAGAGAGAUGUGAAUAUGAGGCUUUUUAGGAACCUACUUGUAUCAGGUAUCUGUACAAAAGUCUUAUCUCGGUGGAGAAUGGUAGCACAAAAUACUCUCAUGCACCGGUCUCAAGUGUGAAAUUAAGUGGCGUUGUCCAGCCU